AUGGAUCCGCAUGCCCUCCCGGCCCUGGCCCUCGUUGCGGGCUGCCUCGGGCUGACUGCGGCUGCCCCGCUCCACAAGCGAGACCCGACGGGCAACGCCAUCGGAAACGUAUCCAUAUUCGUUGUCGGCCUCAUCAUCGUCAUCUGUUUGAUCAUCGUCCGCCUGAGACUCGGUAGCGUCGGGUUCCUCCGAACCCCUCACGACCAAACGAACCUGACCAGCAUCGCCCUCCAGUACACCAACAGGGCCGAAGCAGGAGCCGCUCCUCCCGCCGAGGCAGCCGAAAACCUUCCGGCAUAUGAAUCGCCAGAAGCCUCGCCUCCGUAUGCAGAACAGGCCGAGGCCGAGCCUGCUCCUGCCUAUGAUGAUAACCCGACCGCCGAGCCAGCACCUCCCUAUGUCUGA